AAUAAUUUUUCUGUGAUAAAGGCAGGCCAAGCAUGUCUUACACCAAUUAAUUGCCUGUGUGAUCUCCUCUUCCUAGCAAUGAUAUAAGAUUAGGGGCAAAAUAUGAUUAAGGCUCCAGAAAGUAAUGAAUUUAAUAAGGGUAUUGUUUCCUUUUUGAAGAGAUAGGGGCCACCUUGGUAAUUACAUUAAAAGUAGUAACAUUUUUUUUUAAUUUUUUUUUACUUUGCUUUAAAAUUUCAAAUCUCUUUCUAUCACUCAAAAUCAGAAAGCAUCAUGGCAGCCAAAGCAAAAGAAAGGGGUUGUGUUAGAAUAAAGAAUGGGAGAAAAGGAAAGAAGCACGUUGCCAACCCCAUCUUAGACUCACAAACUGCAGCAAAACCCUCUUCUUCUUCUUCUUCACUUCCUACACAAAUGAAAGUACUUUGCUCUCUUCCUCCAACUCUAUCAUACUUUCAGUUCUCUUUGUUCAUGCAAGAUCCAAAGAACGAUUCAAACACAAGGAAGCCCUGGUAUCAAAGAGCAAAGGAGGUGACUAACCUAUGGAAAAGUGUGUCAAAAUCCACAGAAAUUCACACUUCUAAUUCCACUUUUUGGAGGACAACAUCAUCAAUGCCAAAAUCUCCUCAAGUCCCUACACCAAGUCACAACAAGACCAAGCUAAGAAAAUGUGCCUCUCUAAAGGUUGCCACAUCCUUCACAAGGGUAUGUCUUUGUGCACCUAUCUAUUCCUAUAAUGAGAUUUUGAGAGCUGAGGUGCCACCUAGAAGAAGUAACAGUUAUCCAAGAUCAAAGCCAUUGCAAACUACACAUGAAAGAACUCCUAGUGCUAGGCUUAGCACAGAGGGAAGGAGGGUAUUCAGGGGUAAAUCAUUAACUGAUGAUGUUCUAAUGAGGAGGUUUGUGAUUGAGGAAGAGGCAAUGAUGCAAAUUAGAAGAAGAAAUCAAAUGGAAGUUAUUAGGAGGAGGAGUGUCAAUAGGAGAAAGAAGCUUGGGCCUAGUCCUCUAAGUAGAAUGGUUAUGGCAAAUGAUAUUGGACAAUUUUAAUUCAUUGGUCCAACUUCUUCUGUAGUGUCUAGUCCAGUCCAAUUGGUGAAUUUUGAUUCUCCAUCAGUGCCUUACCUAUCAUUUUUCUCUUUUUUUUUGGGCCUUAAUUUCAUUCAAUGAACUUUUUAACCACGUGUGGCAAGUUUCUACUACUGGGGUUAUCUUCUAAUGGCAACAUUUUAAUUUUACAUGACCCAAAUUUAA